AUGUACCAAAACCAAACUUAAAAUUUAAGUAAAUAAUCUAGUAUAAGGUUAGUAACAUAGGAUUGGAGUUAAACGCUUAUCUUCCCUCAAGAGACUAUCCUCAACAGGGUCUUAAGAGGUAAUAAGAAAUUUAGGGUUUAUUUUAUGUCCAGGGUGAAUCCAAAAAAAAUUGGAUAAAGCGAUGAAAUGAAACCAAUUAAUUAUUUUUUUUGUUAAUAACUCUUAAGAUGUAUGGCUAUAGAGAAUUCUAAUAUAGGAAGAGAAAUGAAACUUAAAUAUUAUAAUUUUGUUUUAUUAUACAAAUGA